AUGGUUCGAAGUGGUUCAGGUGUUGUUGCAAACAUUUCUGUAGACUUGAAUAAACCGGAAAAACAUAAUAAAAAGUUUUGUCUUUCACGUGUUCUUCUCAAUGAUAUUCAUCUUUUAAAAUCAAGUAUGAAUGAUAAAUCAAAUAAACCAGUGUUAGAACAAAUUACAGAUAAAAUGGAAGAACUUGAUGUUGAUAAAGAGCAAAGUAAAUAA